AUGUCCUCCUGGGAACCCGCCCCCGAUUCGCUGCAGCAGCUUGCUGCUUGCCUCAAAGACUCCCUCAGUGGUUUCGACAAGAGUGCUCAGAAGCAGGCUGACUUGAUGCUUCAACAAGCCAAGAACUCACCCGAUAUCAACAACUAUCUCGCAUAUCUCUUCUCAAGCUCUUCGCCUCCCAAUGGCCUUCAAUUUUCCGAGCAAGAUUUCCACCUUGUGCGCUCCGCCGCGGGCAUCAUGCUCAAGAAUAAUGUUCGAUCCGAAUGGAAGACCAUCCCCGAAUCCAACCUCCAGCUCAUCAAGCUCGCGGUCCCAAUGUGCCUGCAAGACAAGAACUCCCAGAUCCGCAACUUUGCUGGAAAUAUUGCUACCGAAAUUGUCCGCCGUGGAGGCUUGCUCAGCUGGCCGGAAUUACUUCCUCAGCUCCUCGACUUGGUCGGCAACACAUCCGGUCAAACUUCGAAUGAGGCGCAAGAGGGUGCUAUGUCUGCUCUGGCCAAGAUCUGCGAGGACAACUUCCGUCAGUUGACCAAGGAAGUUAAUGGCCAGCGACCCCUCAAUUAUGUUCUUCCCCAUUUUAUCGCGGCCACCAAGAGCCCUCUGCCCAAGGUCAGGGCUGGUGCGCUUACUGCCAUCAAUGUCUUCACACCUCGAGAAUCACAGGCCAUGCUUAACUCCAUCGAUGACCUCCUCCAGCAUCUGUUUGUUCUGGCCAGCGAUGACAAUGUCGAUGUUCGACGACAAGUUUGUCGUGCCUUUGUUCACCUAGUUGAGACGCGACCCGACAAGCUCCAGCCGCACAUUAGUGGCCUCGUCGACUAUAUAAUAUCCCAGCAGAAAGGCGACGAUGAGGACUUGGCCUGUGAAGCGGCCGAAUUCUGGCUCGCCGUGGGAGAACAUGACAAUUUGUGGAGGGCAUUGGAGCCUUACAUCAAUAAGAUUAUUCCUGUCCUUCUCGAGUGCAUGGUCUACAGUGGAGAGGACAUUGCCCUCCUUGGAGGUGCUUCAGAUGACGAGGAGGAGGAGGAUCGUGAAGAGGAUAUCCGCCCUGCAUUUGCCAAGAAGGCCCUUGCACGAAAGGCCAACGGUGAGGUCAGCGAAUCCGCAGAUCAAGCCCAGAAUGGAAAUGGCUUCGAGAAGCUCGGUGGAAUGGACGACGAUACCGAGGAGGGAGAAAUCGAUGACUACGAUGACUACGAUGACGGUGAUGACGCCAACCCUGACGAGCGAUGGACCAUCCGCAAGUGCUCCGCCGCCGCUCUCGAUGUUUUCGCCCGCGACUUCCAAUCUCCUGUUUUCGAGGCCAUUUUCCCCUAUCUGUCCCAGCAUCUGAAGCACGACGAGUGGCCUCAGCGAGAAGCCGCUGUUCUCGCGUUGGGCGCCGUUGCUGAUGGAUGCAUGGACGUUGUUGUCCCUCACUUGCCUGAGCUUGUGCCUUACCUCAUCUCUCUUCUCGAGGACUCGGAGCCUGUUGUGAGACAGAUCACCUGCUGGACCCUUGGUCGAUAUUCGGCAUGGGCUGCCAAUCUGGAGGAUACAAAUAAGGAUCAGUUCUUCCUCCCUUUGAUGGACGGUAUCCUCCGCCAUAUGUUGGAUAAGAACAAGAAAGUACAAGAAGCUGCUGCAUCGGCAUUCGCCAACCUCGAGGAGAAGGCAGGUAAGAUCCUUGAGCCUUACUGUGGCCCCAUUAUCCAGCAAUUCGUCCAUUGCUUUGCCAAGUACAAGGAUCGCAACAUGUACAUCCUUUACGACUGUGUACAGACACUGGCAGAGCAUAUUGGACCUGCCAUGGCCGCACCUGAGCUGUCUGGCAAGCUGAUGCCUGCCUUGAUCGACCGAUACAACCGUGUAUCAGAUCAGUCACGGGAGCUGUUCCCUCUGCUAGAGUGCCUCUCUUAUGUGGCGAUGGCACUCGGUGAUGCGUUCGCUCCCUAUGCUGAAACUAUCUUCCUUCGAUGUGUCAACAUCAUCCACGUCAAUCUUGAGCAGACUUUGGCCGCUGCUGGUAACCCCAUAGUUGACCAGCCUGACAAGGAUUUCCUGGUAACAAGUUUAGACCUUCUUAGUGCUAUCGUUCAAGCUCUCAACGACGAUAAGUCGGCUGCGUUGGUCAAGAGCUCUCAACAGUCCUUCUUUGAGCUCCUCAGCUUCUGCAUGGAGGACCCCAGUGACGAAGUUCGACAAUCUGCUUAUGCACUGUUGGGAGAUUGCGCUAGAUACGUCUAUCCCCUGCUACAGCCAUACCUUGGCACAAUUAUCCCUAUCCUGCUGAAGCAGCUUGAUAUGGACAGCGUCCUCGAUGAGGAUAUGGAUAGUGGGUUUGGCGUCGUUAACAAUGCCUGCUGGUCGAUUGGUGAAAUUUCAAUGCAACACAAGGAGCACAUGGGUCCAUGGGUUCAAGAGCUUCUCCAGCGGUUUGUUGAGAUCAUGACCAACCCUCGUGUCCCCAAAGCGCUAAACGAAAACGCUGCCAUGGCUUUGGGACGCCUCGGCCUCGAGAACUCGGAACAGCUUGGACCUCAUCUUUCAACUUUUGCAGAGGAGUGGAUCAGCAUCAUGAAUGAGGUCGAUGCAACUGAAGAGAAGGCGACAGCUUUCAAGGGAUUCUCUAUGAUCGUGGGACGAAACCCCCAGGCCAUGGAAAAGGAGUUGCUAAACUAUUUCACGGCCAUUGCCCGUUAUCGUGACAUCGACUUGAAGAGCCCAGUCAGGCAGGAGUUGCAUGAUGUCUUCCAAAAGGUCAUCGAUAUCUACAAACAAAUAAUUCCAGAGUUUAGCAACUUUGUUGGCCAGAUGCAGCAACGAGACCGACAAAAUUUGGAGUCGCAUUACACUCUGUAG